AUGAAGAAAUCCGUCUCUCUCAGUAGUCGGACAAAGAGAAGAAAAAUUAAAGAAGAGUUGGACUAUUUCAAUCCUCUUUCAAACACCUACAACCAUCAUAUUAUUCCUCAACAAUUAUUUUUGGAAUCUAAUCUACUUAAUGAAAUACCAAUUUCUAACUCAAAUUCACCCAACUGUCAGGAUAAUAUUUCAUUUACAACAGUAGAUAGACUUCCAGAAGAAUUAAAUGAAUCACAACAUUUUGAUUUCUUUAACUACAAUAUUGAUUCUCUUCAGAGUUCGCUUCCUACAGACACAUCUGACACUGAUGAUUCUAAUAACUUAUUAUCUAGUGUUAUGUCUUUUAGGAUGCAGUUGGGUUAA